GAAGAGAUAAGACGCCUUUCCUCGCGGAAGCAGCAGAGUUUCAGUUUAUGUUUCUGACAGCAGAUAUUAUAAAUUUGUCUUUUUAAAUAAUAACCUCAUCUAAACAUGCCAGUGCAGACACGGAAAAACAGGAGAGGACGUUAUGAACGUUAUGUCAACGGUCGACACUUAAACCUGGAUGAUUUGAAACAGGAAGCUCAACAUUUGGGAAACCAGUACCUCUCCAAGGAAAACAUCCCAGAAUACCCCCAUCCGGAGUUCCAUGUGGCUCAUCUGAAACACGACACAGAUCAAUGGGGGUUACGUGGCAUCAGGAGGGACGAAGGCUUCAGGUUUCCACACAACAGCUCCAGGGAUCCACACAGAGGCAUCCUGCUGUGGUGGAGUCUGGCUGUGAGCCCUGACGAGGUGAAGGCAGCUGAGACGAGGCUCCUACAGCAGAAAUUCUCCAACCUUACAGAGGAUCAGGCCGCCAUGCAUCCCAACUUCCUCUAUAAGUUUACCACCUCUCCAGCCUUCUCAGAGAAGUCCAGGCUGGGCUCGUACCGCUUCACCUUCCCCCUGGAGGAGGUGCUGGAGGCCUACCGCCUGCAGUUUUGUUCUGGGGAUCAGCCGGUCAUGCGGGUGUACGAAACUGUCCUGUACAAACAGGAAGUGCAGCACACUGUGUUGGUCCACAGUCCAGCCAAUCAGGAGCUCUUCUCCAAGUAUCCUCUGCUGACUGACGACCCGAACGCCGUCUGUGUUUACAAAGAUGGCCGCUUCAUCUGGAGGCCGUACGCCAUAAGUGAGACACACGGGUGUAAGCUGAUCUGCAGACCUGAAAAAAACCAAAUGGACGUUCAGAUGUCUUUGACAAUGUUUUAUAUUUGGGAUAACGUCGCCAUCGCCCCGCAUGUGGACAAACAGGUGCUGGAUUUUGAUGCUGAUCAACUGAGAAAGAACCUCAAGUUCUGCGAUCCAGGCGAAGUACCAAUCGGGACUUUCGAAAGUUUGGAGGACGCUGAAAACCAGGUUAAGAGUUUGUGGCCGGACUGUGACUCCCCACUGGAGAAGGAGUGUUCACUAGAGCAGCGUUUCAUGGACCUCAGACUGGUUCUUGUUGGGAGGACUGGAUCAGGGAAGAGCUCCAGUGGGAACAUCAUACUGGGAAGAGAUGCCUUCAGUGCUGGUGGUGCUGCUGCAGAGAACACUCAGUGCUGUCUGCAGACAAAGAAGGUGUUCAACUGGGAGGUGACCAUCGUCGACACUCCUGGACUCUCAGAAACAAUGGAAAGACAGUCGGAGAUCUUAAAAUGCAUCGACAUGUUGGCCUCGGGGCCCCACGCCUUCCUGCUGGUCAUCAAAGUGGGAACCCUCACCGAUGAAGAACAAGACACCGUGAGGCAGAUGGAGGAGAUCUUUGGAAAGAACGUCUGGAGGCACACCAUCGUAGUCCUCACCCACGACGACCAGCCGGAGACAGAUGUUCAGAUUCUGGAUAGAACCAAAACUGAGCUGAAGAAGAUUCUGCCCUGUCGUGUGGAAGACAGAUGCUACGUCCUCAACAACAAACAGCAGGUCUGGGAUCUGCUGGACAAGGUGGCUGCUGAAAACAACGUUUACUCUGUCAAGGACAGAGUCAUCCGGGUGCCAGACCUCAGACUGGUUCUUGUUGGGAGGACUGGAUCAGGAAAGAGCUCCAGUGGAAACAUCAUACUGAGAAAAGAUGCCUUCAUUACUUGUCGUGCUGCUGCCAGUCCAUCCUCAGGGAACGCUCAGUGCUGUCUGCAGACAAAGAAGGUGUUUAAAUAGGAGGUGACCAUCGUCGACACUCCUGGACUCUCAGAAACACCUGAAGUCAAGACGGAGAUCAGGAGAUGCGUCGACAUGUUGGCCCCAGGGCCCCACGCCUUCCUGCUGGUCAUCAAGGUGGGAACCCUCAUCGAUGAAGAACGAGACACCGUGAGGCAGAUGGAGGAGAUCUUUGGAAAGGAUGUCUGGUGGCAUACCUUCGUAGUCCUCACCCACAACGACCAGCCAGAGACAGAUGUGGAGCUUCAGGUGAUUCUAGCUAAAGACAAGCUGAAGAAGAUUCUGCCCCAGAGAGUAGAAGACAGAUACUACGACCUGAACAUCAACCCCAACUCCAGCAAGAAGAACCGUUCCGCUCAUUUGCUGAACAAGGUGGAAAAGAUGGUUGUUGCAAACAGAGGGAAGUUCUACUCUGUCCAGGACAGAGCCAGAAAAAGGAAGAUCACAGAUGUUGAUGGUGCGAUUAUAGAGUGAAGGAAAAAUCUGUCCGUUAAAAAUAUUAAUUAAAUGUCUACAAGGCAACGCUAACAAAUAAUGGAUGGAUGGAUGGAGAUAUAUAUAUAUAUAUAUAUUAUUAGAGAUUUCUCUUGACUCGUUAACAUAACAAUGGUGAAUGCUGACCACUAUAGCCUCUCCGGCCAAAGAGACACAGUCAAUGGAGUUUUGGUUUGCAAUAUUUAUUCAUCGCUUCAUGUCCAUGGUUGUUCUGAAUAAAUAAACAAUAACCCAAACACAAAAUUAGUGACUAAUCAACAGAAGGAAAUAUAACUAAACAUCAACCAGUAAUUAAACUCCCCCAGAAAUAAAGAAGAAAUCAUCUUACGGAUUAGUCACACAUGGAUCUGUUGAAGAGGGAUUCCCAGCUUGCUUCAAAUGUAUGGAGAGAUGUUUGCAGCUCACCGACCAGCCUCAAAUGCAUGCAACCAGCUCUUCUUCUCUCACCUGUUUUCCGUUGGCAAUCAAGGCAGGCUUUGAGGCACCAGCCCUUCAGUGGCACACCUGUCUUGCGUUAGGGAAUCAUGGGAGGCUUCAGGGCACAGGUGUCCACCAGAGGCAGCCAUUUCCCCAUUGCCAGCAGGGAAUUUGUAACAUAUAUAUAUAUGUGUGUGUGUGUGUGUGUGUGUGUGUGUGUAGGUGUGUGUGUGUGUGUGUGUAGUCUUCUGCAGCAGAGUCCAUUCUAAAAGAGGCCGAUUUAACAUAAAAUAAUUACAAAAAACAUGUUUUGGUUUAAGUUUGUAUCCUUGUUGUUGUCGAGUGUGUCCAUUUGUGUUUUCUGCUCUAACUAAUAUGUGUAAAGCAUUUUGAUCUGCAGAAGUUUUGUUGCAGUUUGUUAUUUUUCUUUUUUAAGUUUACCUCACUCUGGGAUCAUUUUUGACUGAAAUAUAAAGUCCUGCACCUCUAUAGAAACAGCACAACCACGACUACAGCGAGAACAAAGUCAUGUCUUUUGCACAAGAUGACUCAGUGGGAAUGACACAAAAAGUAAAUAACGAAAGUAAAAUUCUUUUGAAAAAGAUAAAAAAACAAAAAGAAGAAAUAACAUGCACAACAUUUGGAGUGACAUAAAUCAGAGAAAAUUGAAUUUAUCUGAAUAUUUAUUUCACAAAACGCUACAAAGAACCUGGAAUCAGCAUGAACAACAUGAAUUACAAAAUAAAUCUGAAUAAUCAUAAUGAACAGAAAAUGAACUUAUCCCACAUUAUUCCAUCAUUUCUUUUGGACUACAUGUAAAUUAAUACUUUUUAUUUCUGUGAUUUGACUGGAUGUUUCUUCUCAUUUAGUAAAACACAGAAAAUCUGUAAACCUACAAUAAAACAAAUGAUUAUCCAUUUUGUAUUUCUUAAAUACAUCAUUUACUUUCAUAUAACAGCAAAUAUAUGUAAAGCAAAUGUAUUUAACACAGUUUCAAUGUGGACAUUAUUUACAGUUUUUGCCUGUGUUUUUGUUUCUGCUUCUUGUUCUAUUUUUACACACAACAUGUAAACAACAACACUUGUGUACAAACCUAUUCAUCAUUUCUCAGUCCUCUGCAAAAUAAAACUGUUGGUUUUCUGCUCAUUCA